AUGUUUCUCCUUCGUCGUCGUGUCGCUCCCACCACGCCCCAGGCGGGCAACGGUGUCAGUAACGACGCUGCUCCGGCAGCCGUUUCUUCUUCCAGUAAAUCGGCAUCCCGACAAAAAGUCGUCAGACGCCUCUCAGAAAGCGAAAAGGCCCGCGUAUCUAUUUAUCUUCGCGUUCUCAAUGCCGUCUCUGCGGCUUUGUACACGACAACGUGUAUCGCAAAGGACCAGGCUUCUCGUGCGGUCGAAACCGUUCGGGAUAAGAACACGAGCGAAAUGCUCUAUUUGAUCUUCAGCCUUGCUGUAACAGCUGUAUUCCUUACUAUUUCAUUGGCCCUGUACGGUAUUGUACUUGCGCACCAGUCUCUCGUAUGGCUCUGCGAGCCCGUUCUCCUCUGUAACGUUUCCUUCUUCUCUCUCCAACCGUAUCCACCUCAGACGCCAAUUGACGACGUCAAGCCAAGUCGUGGUCGAGGCGCCUCACAAACAGAUUCAUCGUUUGCGUCUGCCGCUCGGGAUGGACAAUCCCUCAUCGACCUCUCGUCUCGCUCCUCUGAGGCUGGUGAUACUCCCCCAUCACUCGCUCCGCAAGUCUUGUCCCCGACACAGCUUGCCGUUCGCUCGCUUUCUCCCGCCUUUGGCGCGUCCAUCAACGCGGAUCGCAGCGUUGAGAUGGAGGAAAUUCUCUCCCUCCCUACCAAGGCGCCUUCUCCUCCACCGUUGAGCCUCGGCUCCAUCCUCGCCAAGCGCAAUGGCCUCGUAGGUUCUGGCUCGGAACGACCAAUCAAACUCAGGGAGAUGUCGACAGUCAGCUACCCUGAUAUCAACACGAGUGCUACCUUUGGAAGCUCGGACGAUGGUGACGACUCGGACUCUAACCAGAUGAUGGACAAGCGCACCUACCAGAGCGACGACAUCGACGAGGUUCCAGCUUUGUACGAAGAGGAUGAAGAGGAAGAUGUCACAUUCCCUCUUCCAAGCGUCGAAAUUGGUGAUGUCCCUUAUACGUCAUCCCCAGGGCAGGAGAAUGUACCCCUUGGUCCGGAGACGAUUGACGUUUUGGACCCGGCAUCUCGCCAGGCAUCGAUGGACGUUGCAGCGACCGCCAGGCGUGUGCAAGAGCCUCAGCUGGUCAUGCCCGAUCCCGUCAGGAUGCCUGAGCCACAGCCGCAUGUCCGCACGUCCUCCGAGUCGUCUACGACGUUUGCAUGGGUUCCACCAGCAUCUCGUGUCGCCACUAUCAUCUCAUCGGAGCAAGCACCAGAUUCUGAAGACUCGCCUCGCGACAUCUUCUCGCCAACCCCCGCAACGUUCCCUCAGCCUCACGGUGGAAUGACAUUCCCCUUCCUCCGCGACCAGCUCCAGAGUCUUGCCAGUGCUCUUCAUUCGGAAUCUAUGGUACAGGCUACUGAAGAACAGAAGAAGGAUCAUCGUGACGAACCGUUCGUCGAGCCUACUCCGUACCCGUCACCACCAUUCACACCGCCUUCCAGCCGCCCACCGACCAUGUACAGCAGUAUGGCACUUCAAAUGCCCGUGCCCUCUACGAAUAACCUCAACCUCGCCACCCCAGAUCCGUUUGUCAUCGAGAAGAGCCAGCUCAGCGCACUCUACGAAGAGGCAAAGACAGACCUAGAGGCGUCGAAGCGGGAUGAGACGGCCGCCGAGAAGGUGCAGGAGGUUGUGGCGCCUGUUGAAUCUAGCGUUCCAGAGCCUGUCGUUCCCGUUCCCGUCCCCGUCUCCGAACCGGAACCGACCGUCGAAGAGGCUAUCGCACCCGCGGCUGUGAAGGAGAUUGAGGAGAUUAUCACACCUGGUGUCCUAGAAAGCGGGUCUGCUCCUGUCGAACCCGCCCGAAGCGUGAGCCCGGUUCUCAGUGUUGGACGUGGUGGAAUGCUCGACGGCUCGAGGAUUCAUGUUGAAGACCUCGCCUCGAAGGAGAAGACGCUCGUUUCAUCGCUAGCUGAAGACACCUCGCUCAACGAGGUCGGAACCUUGGCUGACGUUUCGCGUGAUGAGGAUGUGUCGUUUGACAAGUCCAACGCCGAAACGAUUGAGCGCAUGCGCUCUGGCUGGGCGAGUGGUGCCGACGACGAGAGCACCGGGCCCCAAGGAAACCUCGACGUGAAGAAGAAAAAGAAGAAGAACAGGUCCAAGCGCCCGGGUGCGAAGAAGGGUGUCUCGUUUGACGAAGUACCGUUUGUGAUUGGAUCCGACAAGGAGCAGACCAACGACGAGGACGAUGUGGACAGCAGCGGACCAGGACCAUCCUUUACGCAACGAGGUCGCAUCGCAGAGCUGAUGCUCAACGAGCUUGGAUAUGCUCCUCAAAAUACGCCCUCUCCUUCCGUCUCCCGUGCCAUCCCAGUCCCGAAGACGUUUGAGAUUGAGGACGAAGAGGAAGAAUCGCCGCCAGCACUCAUUCCAAGCAACAAUACCUCGACCGCCGUGGUUACAGGCAGCCCUGUCCCAAUGAGGAGGGCUAGUCUGAUCUCGGAGAUGACCAUGUCGCCGCGUUUGACGGCUGACGAGAUGUCGGAUUCGUCUUCGGUUGUGCUUGCUCCAGGCGAGUUCUCGGCCAAGCAGGUUGAUCAUUACGCUCGAUGGUUUGCGCGUGCGCAUCGUGGCAAGUCGUUGCCCACGAUACAGAUGCUUCGCGAUCAGAUGAAGGAGUGCUCCGAGGCUGACCUAGCAGCGCGUCUCAAGCUUGGUUCGCGCUCGGAGGCUACCAAGCUCACGCGUACGCUCACUGGAGACGAUAGCGCCAAGGGCUAUAGCAGCUCUGGUGGAAGUGUUCCACCAGUCCGCCGUGCAUCUUACCGUCGCCGUCGUUGA